AAAUCUCGAGGAGCGGUAUUAGAAGUGGGAGACAGAGUCUUAGUACGGACAGUGCAUUUUGAGGGCAAACACAAACUAGCCAAUAAUUGGGAAGACAUGCCAUAUAUUAUCUUGUCUCAGCCUAAUCGAGAGGUUCCAGUGUAUGUUGUGCAGAAACAAAAUGGAGAGGGUAAGAAGCGUACAUUACAUCGAAAUUUAAUGUAUCCUAUUGGAUUUAUUUCAGAACGCCCAAUACCUGUUCCAAGACCUAGAGCGAGACAUUCCAUAUCAACACCAGUGACUCCACGUCUUAAACCUCAAGGUGACAGAGAUGAGGACAAUAUCAGUACAAUUUCUGAUGACAGCAGGAUUUUGGUUAUGGAAUCUGAGAGCAAUAUUUCAACCAAUAUUGAAAACAAUGAUAUCCAGGAACCAAUCCAUGAAGAAGGAAGCGCUUCCGAACAGCUGGAUGAGUCCGAAGAGAGGGAUUCAGAAGCAAAUGAGGUGAUGGAGGAUUUUGGUGAUGAUGCUGAUGCUACAGAUGAGGAUGAAACAGUACCUAUUCUCCCUAGAAGAUCAUCUAGAGUUAGGCAAGCACCAAAUUGGAUGUCUUCAGGUGAUUUCAUUACCAAGUCAAACAUAUCUGAUAAAAUGAAGUGGCAAGAAAAAUCAGACUUUAUAUUGAAUUUCUUGAAAACAACUUCAAACGCAUCAAUUUCCCCAGAAACUACAGAAUUUGUUGUGAAACAUGUUUUAAAUUUCUGAAGUGACUUUAUUUCUGAUUGAACUGUAUAUAUUGCAGAUAUUUGAGUUUUGAUUUCAGUGCACCAAUUUUAAUCAAAUUUGAAUUUGCAUGCAUUUAUGCUUGCAGCGUGGUCUUGAUUGUAUCAUGACUUCUACUUUAUAAAGAUAUUCUUUAUUUCAGCAAAGAUGAAGAUCACUUAAUUCAAUAUAUAUGCUGAAUAAAAUGUGUUGGUAUAUCAGCAACAUUGAAUUUGUUUAUUUUCUUGCAACGGACUCCUUGAAUGACAUGGAAGUCAUUUUCGUACAAGGGGGAGUUUGUAGUAGGGUGAAUUAAUAUCAAUAAUUUAUUUUAUUUUUAGUGUAAAUAAAAUAUGUAAGUUGCAAAACAUAAACUUUUAUUGGAUUCUAUAAUGGUCUUCCAUAUUUCUCUAUUUAGAUAUGUAGUAAUGUAAUUAUGACCCUAAUGGCUUUCCUUAUGAUUAAACCAUGCAUGCAGUUGUUGUUCAUGGUCUAUUUAAUUCAUUUUGGUUGGCUAGGCUUAGUGUCAAAGGUUAUAUGUCAUGGGUUUGGUGAGUUCUGUUGGAUUUUUAGAUAGUCAGUUGUAUUCACUAGCAGAGUGUUGAAGGGUGGUUUUCUUUGCAUAUCUUUUGACAUCUUUUUUCUGACUUGAGGUUCCUUGAAAAUCAGUUAUCUUCCUAUUUUUGAUAUUUUGGCUCUGGUACCAUAUAUCUGGUAAGAUCAUUGUUUUGUAUGUAUUUCUGUGAUGUCUAACUUGUAUUUGUCAUAUAAUUUCUUUUGUGUGUGUUCGAUGUGUACUUUACCAUUUAGUUUGCAUAAAUGUCAUAAAUGAUAAGAUUUAUUAUAUUUAAAUGCAUUAUGGGUAAAGAGCCUCAUUUUGAGAUUUAAAUGUUAUUUUAUAAUUUUUCUUAAACUUUACACAAAAUAAUGGACGAAUAAUUUUGUGUUCAUUGUAUUGAAAUUAUUUCCCUAGUAUUUGUAUAUUUUAUGUGGUGUGUGAUUGUGUAUGCUUAUAAUUGUUUAUUAUGUUUCAGAGCUGCUAUUUACAUGUCAGAAAUAGAUUUAUUUCUUCAAUAAACUCAUAACCUGUCA